AUGAUCAAGCACAUGAAGAAGGAGGACGAGGAAGGAAAGUCCCUCCCUGCCCUUCCUGCCUUCCCUCCUUCAAAUAGUAACUUGAUCCAAUCGCUGUACCUUCCUCUAGAUUCUAGGGUUUCUUUUUCUCGCGCAAACAAAACUACACAGCAAAAGGGAGCGGUCCUCAUCUCUCGUUUUCUCUCUUCCCCGCCACUCUUUUCUUAA